AACCAUUCAAACGUUGCAAUAUUUCACCAUGCAGUAAUAUUUGAAAAACAUAAUGCUUGCCCAACCGCUAGUAACGGUUAUACGCGCAGGCCGCAUUGCAUAUGCGGCAGGAUUGCAGCUGCAGCAACAGCUGUCUCAACAAAACAAAAAAGACCCUACCGUGUUUCGAAACUACAUCAUUCUGCUGGAACACGAUCCUGUUUAUACAAUAGGCAUACGAACAAAAGGCUAUACAGCGAAAGAAGAGGAGCGUCUGCGAAAUCUUGGCGCUGAGUUCUAUCGUACCAAUCGAGGCGGUCUAAUAACCUUUCACGGACCUGGUCAGCUUGUUGCCUAUCCAAUUAUACAUCUGCGACAAUUUAAGCCAAGCAUGCGUUGGUAUGUCGAUGCAUUGGAGCGCACUGUGAUUGAGACAUGCUUCCAAAUGGGAAUAGCAAAUGCCACCACCACCGAAGACACUGGCAUAUGGGUAGGGGACAAAAAGAUAUGUGCUAUUGGAGUGCAUGGCUCACGUUACGUCACAACCCAUGGCAUUGGUUUAAAUUGCAGCACAGAUCUGAAAUGGUUUGAGCAUAUUGUGCCCUGUGGUAUUGAAGGCAAAGGCGUAACAUCUCUGACCGAGCAUCUGGGACGCAGGGUUUGUGUAACGGAGGCCAGCGGAGCGUUUUUGGCCAGUUUCAGUAAAGUGUUCCAAUGCCGUAUUGAAGAGCAAAAGACUGAAGAAAAUGCGCAAGAAUCAAAUUAAUUCAAAUUAUAAAUUUGUUUAGUAAAUUUAUUUAGUCAAAACGA